AUGAAAACACCUCUUGGAACCAUCACGUAUGGGAUAGAAGCCACGGCAGCGACAUCGAAUCAUGAGAUUAUCACCCGCCGCCAACCUCGAAAGUCCAACCACCAGAUAAUCCAGGCCAAUCUGAAACAGACUCAGCAUCACCUAUACUUUCCAACCUCGAAGGCCACACAAGGAAUGACUCACAAAACUCAACACCGAGAACUCUGCCAUUUUGUGGUGCGAGAGUUGAAGUGGGAUGCCGAAGAGAUAGUCAAGCUUAUGAGCAAGCCUAGCAGCCUAGAUGGGAACUAUUCUAUCUGCGAAGGACAAUCGGUCCGCAAGUUGUGUGAUGGAAGUCAAAAAGAGUACUGGGGGCCUGGCCGCAACCCAUACAUUAAGAAACCACACGGACAUAGUGUUGGGGGAAAAGGGAGGAGAAGAAUCAGCCAUCUGCAUUCCGCAAUGGUCGUGGAUGGCAUUGACCUGGCUGCAUAUGAGAUCGGCGCCGAUAGGGCUGGACAUACUACACAGUGUGGUUUUCCUGGGGAACUUUCUUUCCCCUCACCGGGCAAGAUAGCGAAGGGAAUUACUGUUCGCCAUCAGUUGAGGAUUAAACUUAUUAUGGGGGAAGAUGUGUUUCGUAAAGGUACUGGUAAGCCUGUGGAAUGGAAGCUGCUGCAGACUAUUAUAUGUCCUGCGGUUCCAUUGAGUGUUUGUGAAGUAUCUAUUUGGAUGCUAGUAGAUGGGUAUGGUUUGGUGGUAUGGGUUUAA